AUGCAGUCCCGUCCCUUGCUUGGAGAUUACCUUGUCGAACCAAGGGACAAGGGUGUAGUACUUCCGGCUGUAAAUGGGAUCAUUGCCAACUUUACGUACGACAUGUGCAAGACAAAAUUUGUCGACGUCACCGGCCAGCUUCUUUUACAAAAAGGCGAGGCCAUCGUGUACAAUUUGGCGCAGCAUGACUGCAAAACAGCGCUGACCUCCGUCUACUUCCCGCCAGCCAGCCAAAAAUGCUAUCAGAUUGUCGCUACACUGGACGGGAAAUCGAUCGCCAUGCCGAACGAUGGCGACAAUCAAACCGUGUUCACAAUCACGCCCAGGCAGUUGCGCAUCGAAAUUCAGGCACUGUCAGACACGGGUCAAUGCGCGACGUACCAUCAGCUUUUUGCGAAUAGUGAUGCGGCAAAAGACUACCGCAUUCUCCUUUCCGCUCCACAAGGCAUCGACGACGAUGACAAAUACUUGUUCCGAAAGGGCUCUGAAGGAAAAUAUAUUUACUAUCGGCAUGCAACUGAACCCCAGCCCCGCAUCUCGUUCGAGUUGAAGGGCCUCUGCGCGAUCAACUUUUUUAAGGGCCUGAUCGAGUCGGAGACGACACAGUUUUACGGGCAAAAUCGGGGACCGUGUCUUCCACCGCGAUGUAAUGCCAGCAGAAAUAUUUUCGCACUUUGUUAUACUGGACGUGAUCAGUGCGGACUAUUGCAGUUUGACGGCAAGCCGGGGGACAAGUCUAGCGUGCAAUACACAAUUCGUCACGGGCUGCAUGUCCGGCGUGCGAUGGCAUAUCGAGUUAACGCUACCUGCGAGCAGCUCGGUGGCUCGGGUGGACUUGUCUUCGGGCUGAUGAACCCGAUCCCCGCCGGAAUGGAAGUUGAGGUGGCUUACGCAAAUCGCAUCACAUACUCGACUGGUGAGGACACUUUUUGGACUCCUAGUUCUGCAAGGGGCAUUGGAACGACCCUUGCUGCACUUCUCGUCAUAACCCUCAGCAUGCCA